AAGAUGCAGCGACAGAGGCGGAGACUGACUGACUGGCUCGAAAGGACGAACCUUUUUCUUGUUGUCCCUCUUUCUUCAUCUUUCUCUCAUGGAAUCUAAACCCUAACCCUAACUUCUUUUUUUUUGAUUCAUAAUUUGUAAAUUCUCGACUAAUUUCCGUAUACAACCAUCGAUUGUCGUAAAGGGCAAGUAGAUGGAGAUGCAGUUCCCUCACAAUCUGUUCGAGAGACGCCCCAUUCUCAAAUCCAGGGCUCCCGCCGUUAAAUGGUUCAAAGAAUGGGUGCCUCAAGACGUUGUUGCAACGGGCGGAAAGUGCAUGAUUUUGAAGUGGGUAAACGAGAACACCUUGAAGGCAUUGAAAGAGAAGGAGAAAGAGCCUGAAGCACCAGAGCCUGAACCUGAGCCUACCACAGAAGUUCUUUUCCUUUGCAGCUAUGAAGGCUGUGGAAAGACUUUUAUUGAUGCUGGUGCUUUGAGAAAGCAUUCUCACAUUCAUGGAGAGAGACAAUAUGUUUGUCACUGGGAGGGUUGUGGGAAGAAAUUUUUGGAUAGUUCAAAACUGAAAAGACACUUUCUCAUUCACACUGGAGAAAGAGAUUUUAUAUGCCCACAUGAAGGCUGUGGUAAGGCAUUCUCCUUGGAUUUUAACCUGAGGUCACACAUGAAAACACAUUCGCAAGAAAACUACCAUAUCUGUCCGUACCCAGACUGUGGAAAGAGAUAUGCUCAUGAGUACAAGCUAAAGAACCACAUUGCAUCCCACCAUGAAAAGAGCACGACAGCAGAUGUGCCUAAAUAUGCCACACCUACGGAGAAGAUAACUAAAACACCUAAGCCUAGUGGGGGUGCCUAUGGCUCUGCAUCAUCUGAUCGCCCUUAUGUAUGCCCUUAUGAAGGUUGUGAGAAGGCUUAUAUACAUGAAUACAAACUAAAACUCCAUCUAAGGAGAGAGCAUCCUGGUCAUAUGUCAGAUGAGAAUGUCGAGAAUGCCACACCUAAUGCUGACAAUGAGAUGGACGAAGCUAGUGAUCAAGAUGCUUAUGCUGGAAAGCGAGUCAAUGGCAAAAGUCAGAAACAACAAAGCAGGGCCAAGCCAAAUGUGAAGAUGCCCCCUGCCAAGAUUGCACGGAAAAAAGGCUCGAGUCCUGUGACUUUGCCUGUACCCAAAAAGCAAUGGCCAGUCAAAGAAGAAGUAUACGAGGAAGAGGAUAGUGAAGAAACUGAGGAAGACCGUGAGAAUGUAGAGGAUGGAUGGACGUAUGCGGAUAACAAUGAAGAUGACGACGAAGAGACAGAAUAUGAAGACUAGAGCGCACAUACAUACUACUGAAUAAGCGUGGUGCUGGUUAUUUACCAUCUCUUCCCCUGUUGGUCCCUUUCGGUUAAUAGGGCAUUGUAUGUAUCUGAAUGCUUGAUUAUUGGGAAAGGGAACUAUCUUCUUAGCUUUCAUAGGACCGUUACGAUGGAUGCAUAGCUUAUGCCCUUUGUUCUGUUUGAGGGGUAUGAGUUAUUUAUAUAUUCUUUUUUUUUUUCUUGAUGAUAUAUCCCCUUUAUGCGUAAUCAAUCAUCACAGCAAUGAGCUGUUUUCUGUA